GAUAUAGACAGUCUAUUGAAAAGAUUUGGUAGAAAAUGAAAGUGCCGGCGUGCCUUCUUUGCCGGCGCUUGACCACGGACGGUUCUGUGUCCGCCUCGCAGGUGGACAAACAGAAACUGAAAUUCUUUUUCGCUCAUUUGUACGAGGAGAAAUUACAGGAGGUCGACGACACUGAUCGCAUUUGUUAUUUCUGCAUCUGGAGAGCACAGAGAGAUUCUUAUAUACGCCAGGACAUAUUUUUUACGAUGGCCUGGUGGCCAACAAGACUGGAAAUGGACGCGUCCGCUAAGGUUUUGAGGAAGUACUUCAUGGAGGAGAAAAUUGAGCAGAGCUGGGUAAAACUAAAAUUGGAGUAUAUUGAUGUGCCGAAAUGCGAACUGAACGACAGCGUAGAUGAUGAAAUGAAAGAGAAAGAUGUUCCUGAACACAGCAGCAGGAAGAACGUUCCGAUGAUUCAUCCCAGGUUCAACCUUGAGGCAAAGCUGCAGCCGCGUCAGAGAAGGGCGAAAGGGCAGUGCCUGGAGUGCCCGUACUCGACGAAGUAUGCGUCGCACCUGCGAAUGCACGUGGCUCGCAUUCACAUGCCGCUCACGCUGCGCUGCGACUUGUGCACCAGCAUGUUCGCCAUUCCGCAGACCCUGAAUCAACACAUGAGAAACGUUCACACGUUCAGGAAGUGCUCUUUGUGCAAGCAAGACGUCACCAACGGAGGCUUCGGGGAGCACAAGAAGCGGCGAAAGUGCCGCAAAUGCAAUGCCGAGUUCGCGUGCGCUGGUCUGAACCGAAAUCAUCUACACUAAUAUUUCCCUGUGCUUUAUAUUAUUUGUUGAUUUAGAUUUGCUUUCCUAAAAAUUGAGGAAAUUUUACUCGUGAACUAUUUUAAUUUCCGAAAAAUCGGGUGAAGGACCUUCUCUCUGUGCAAAAAGUAGGAAUAUAUAUUUAAACUUGUCGCAAUUAAACCGUUUGACGAGCUGCAAUAUUUUUAGGAAUAAAAGAGUCGAACGAAUAAACA